AUGAGAGUUGACAACCUUUGCCGCAGCAAACGAUACAGCGAAUAUUUCGAUCCUUGCCAGGAUGCGGCCAAUCGGAGUCUCAAAUGUCUGCGCCGGAACGGCGGUGAUCGUCUCAUGUGCCAGGAUUAUUUCGACGCAUACAAAGCAUGCAAGAAGCAAUGGAUGGAUGAGAUGAAGGAGCAGAAACGACGGGAAGGCAAGGGCUGGUUUGGUUGACGGGCGGAGGCCGAUUGUGUUAUUUCCCAGGCCUCGACGCAUCGAUAGUAAUGCAUUGUAUAAUACCUAUAUGACACGGAAAAUUGUACAGCAGCGGCAGGCUUUGUCACGCCGCGGGAGAUCUAUCAUACAAAAAGCAAAGUGCGAAGUCGAUAUGUCGCAUUUCUUGAUCUGAACGGCGCAGGUGGUUUGUUGUCCCAUCUAGCUUACGAGCCGUUCAUCUCAUAUCCGCCAAUCGGCACAGAG